AUGAUACGUGAGUACAUCAAAGUUCACUUAGACAAGCAUCUUCUUUGGAGUCGGUCUUAUAGGAUUGUUCUUCAUCAUGGCUGGACGCCUGCUGUUUGUCACCCUCAUGUAUUCCUGUGCCAAUACUAAAACACAAGCUCGUCCUCAACUCAUAAUGAAUUCAGCGGUGAUCUCAGAGACGGAAACAGUCACAUUGGACUGUCGAGCUCCAUCAUAUCCUACUGUCCACCAGUGUUAUUUCACCAUUAUCGGAGCAAAACAUGCCAAAGGCUUCACUUGUGUGCAGACACUGACAGGAACUGAACUGUUGAGGAUGUCAGACCAGAGAGCACCUGCUGAGGUUAAAGUGGAUUGUUAUUACACUGUAAUGGUUGGAGACGUGAAUCAUCCAUCUGCACACAGUGUCACAUCAUCCAUCACAAUCCAAAAUGUUGUCAAGUCGAGCACGACGCAGACUAAGACGGCAUCUGCUGUGACCACAGCAGGUCUUUGUGCUUCCAGGCCUGUAACUACUGUAAAGCAAACAUCAGCAGGUCUCAGUGCUUCCAGGCCUGUAACUCGUAUAAAGCAAACACCAGCAGAUCAAACCUUUGGACCAAGAAACUCUGGUAGUUUUAGUUCUCCUCCCCUCACAACAGACAAACCAACAUCAGAUGUUGUCGAGUCGAGCACGACGCAGACUAAGCCGGCAUCUACUGUGACCACAGCAGGUCUCAGUGCUUCCACGCCUGUAACUCGUAUAAAGCAAACAUCAGCAGAUCAAACCUUUGGACCAAGAAACUCUGGUAGUUUUAGUUCUCCUCCCCUCACAACAGACAAACCAACAUCAGAAAUGCAGAGAUGGAUGUUCAUGGUGAUUGCGAUUUGUUUGGGAGGUUUUUUCUCUAUUUCCUUACUGGGACUGGGCCUUCUGUGUAGCAAAAGAACAUUGGAAAGAUGUUCUUAUAAGAGGUCACAAGCUGAUGUCACUGGUUCUGUGAAACUGGAGGAGCAAACAUUUACAAAUGAGAAUCCCAUAUACCAUCUCUACUCCACUAUCCCCGACGAGCCGCCUGCAUCAGCCCAGGAGGAAGCGAUGUACAGCUACCUGCAGCCACAGUUGAAGCACUAGCCUUUUAUACUGUAGAGAAACUGUUUGAGCGGAAAGUCUUCUUUAAUCCAUUUAUUUUACAUUUUUUAAACAUAAUAUUCUUUGCAAAAAUGCAAUGCCAAUUGUAACUAAUGAACAACAGGUCUCAGCUGGGUGGCACACUUGAUAUUUUGUUUUACAGGGAGAAAAGAUUAUUGAAUUUUUAUAUUGAAUUACAGAGAAUGGACGUUUACUUUUUGCAAUUGUUGAAUAUGUGCAAAGGUUUCAUUUUGUGAAGUUGGAGGCUGUUGAUUAGCACUACAUUGUAGACAGCUUCUUCUUUCUCUUUAAAGAUUCAAGUCAAAGAUGGGUCAGGAUUUUCUUCUGCAUGCUGUCAUAAAACAGCAUAAGCUUGCUUCUUUAGGACCUGUAACACGAUGCCUGCUCAAUAGAAUUAAACAAUUAAAAAAA